GACGUUUUCCAUGCAUCUAUUUGUGUAUUAAAAUCUCAGUUUUCCAUAACAUACGAAGAGGAAGGUUGCCGCUUAAUGCGAAGAAAGUCCUUUGUAUAUCGGGGGUCGAAUAGUUUUUAACGUGAUGUCUGUGUGCCUGUUUUGUUGACUGUGGUGUGACUCAAGGAUAUAUUGCAAUACGCUUAUUAUGUGAAUCGAUACAGCAUUAUGGCCGGCCAUGUUCGCCGGUGGGUCGCAGCAACGAAGGUCAUCCAACGUGCGGGCAAUGCAGCUAUUCCAUGAACUGAAGCAGCAGCAUCCGACGGUGCCCGAUCACAUCGUGACCGCCUGCAUAACGAGCUGCGCCGGCAACGUCGCGCAGCUUCGCGAAACCUUGCUCGCGGCGGCGGCCCAGGACUUGAUGGGCCGAUCCCAGACCCCCUCCGCGAACGCCCCUCUAGCCGAAAUGAACGUGAGUGACGUCGAUGGUGAUUUGAAUCGGAAUCUAGUGAACAGUGUUCGGUAUUCGAAGGACAACGACGCGGUUCGCGUUAUAAGUGAACCGGUACAUAAAGUGAACAACUCGACGUUCUACGCCAAGAGACCCGACACUUUGGGCAUCAAACCCCAAAUCGCGACAAAUUUCGACGACAACAAGCUGCAGCUGUCGGAAAAAUGCAAAGACGUCCACAAACUGUUGAACCAAGUGGUGGACAAACCACCGCGUUCCCCCCUCACCUCGAAACGCCCCCCCAUCACCUCCCCCGACGCCAAUAGAAGACUGCACAUCCAAGAUGUGAAGAAGGAAACCGUCUCGACCCCCACACAAACCACAGACACUCUCCUGGGCGGGGUGAACCUAUCUUUGAACGUCAACUGUUCCAUGGACUUAGUGCAAACCCCCACCAAGCCGAAAUGCACCUCGACCCUCCAACUAACCCCCACGCAACCCUGGCUCCAAGACCCGCUCUCUCCCAGGAGCUACACCAGCGUCAACUUGACCCUGCGACCGCCCAGCGCCGAGUUCCAACCCCCCAUCGACAUAACCUCGCGGAAUUCUAGUCUCACCUACUCCACCAGCAGUUUCGACUCCCAAAGGGGCCUCCAGAGCCGCCUGCAGAUCACCGUGGGCCCGGGAGGCGGGAGCGUUUCUUCCGUCAGAGCCAGGCCUAGGAGUAGCUAUCAUCCCCAGGACCGUGUCCACGAUCUUCUGCCCGCUAGGGCUGGCUCCCUCAACAGUUUGGUGGACAAUGAUAAACCGCCUGUGAUAAUGCAACAACAAGCUAGAAUAGAAAGACUUCGGAUAGAACUGACUACAGAUAAGUCCAAGUUAGUCAUAAAGCAAAGGGAAUAUGCAGAGAUGAAACGAAAAAAAGAUGAGAAAGAGCGAACGAAUGAAGAAUUCAAAAAACAGCUAGAGAGAGAAAUUGCACACCUUAAGUACCAAUGUCAAGAAUUUCAGAACAACACGUACCACCAGGGCCAGCAGCAGCAGCAGCAGCAGCAGCAACAGAGGAUCCAGCGGCCUUUGAACGUGCAGCAGCUGCAGCAAGCGCCCGAAUGGAGCUGCAGCGUGUGUACAUUCCUUAACCACCCGGAUUUGAACAAGUGCGAGACGUGCGGCAUGCUGCGCACCACGUAUCACGGUAGGCCCGAGCUUAGCGCCGACACUAACAUCGACGAGCUGCUGGAGAGUUUGGGGGUGGAGAAUCGGUCGAGUGGCGUGCUGAGGCGGCUCAGCGACCGCAACGACCUCGACAGGAGCGUGCCCUUGCAGCACAGCUCCAGCAGCCCGAGUAACAUUCGAUACGGCAACGAUGCAAUCGUCGUGACGGCUCUGGAUACGCGCGACGUUUUGGGGGGUAAUUUUCGUAGGCAGGGCAGUUUGGGGAGCCGCGACGGUAACGGGAACGUUAGGGCGCCCCGGGGCCGGCUGGGGCGGCAAAACGAACUUAGAUGAUGCGUUUUAUUUUUUUUUUGUGUUGAGAUUAUUUUUAUUCCAAAUAUUGACGAACCAGGGUUCAAUGUAACUGUGAUAAGUUUUACUUCAAUUUUGUUGAAACAAAUUUCCUUUGGAAGUAUUUUUUAUGUUAAAUUUGCGUUAUUGGUCGAACUUUACAUCACAAUUAAAUAAAAAUGUGAUACAUACAUGGGUAAUUGAGAUGUCCCCCAAGUGAAAAUGAUUAUUUUGUAUUGUUGUUUCACUGUUAGUCUUACUGAGAUAUUACACUUCACGGUGGAUAGGUUUUUAAAAAGCAAAUUAAUGAACUUAAACUUUUGAAUUAUAAAACAGCAACACUCUCAUCUGCAUAUAAGUUCUAACUGACCUUCAGGAAUCACAUGCAUCUAUAAUGUUGUAAACAGAGGUUUUUGCGCCAUCCGUUGCAUACAAUUUAAAGCAAAAACAGAUUCGCGAAUGAAAGAAUCAAUUUUUGUAACACCUAUUAAAAUUAUUUCUUUUAAUUUUU